CUUCCUCUUGUAGACCAUUUUCUUUUAAGCAGCUUGGACGUUCUCAAUGAAUCGAGCACGGAAUGUCAUUGUGGCUGCUGGCUUAGUGGCUUUCGCUGGAGCAGGCUUGGCAUUUCCCUUUUACAUGGCGUCAUCAAGGAAAGGGCCAGUGAUUGACUCAUCAAAGCCACUGCCACCACAAGCAACUUUUCGAGGGCCUUACAUAAACACUGGCUCACGUGACAUUGGACCCGACCAUCAAACUUAUCCAAAGAAAUGAUUCAUCAUGUGAAAGAUUUUUUCUGGAUGGAAGUAACCCUUGCGCGUUCAUCUGUGUGCUUUCUGAGUUGAAGUUUCUGAAAUUUGGUCUCUCAGACUCAUGGAGCUGGACCAAGAGAUCUAAUUGUUUUAUCUCAUCUAGAUGAGCAAUAUUGAGACUGAUUCAUGGUCAUCAAUAUUUUAAAAUUUGGAAUUGACAGUGAGUAUAAAAUUUCUUUGUAUAAGAACUGUAAGGUGAAAAUAUACUAGUUAAAGCUUAAUAUCUAAUAUAAAUAAACUGUUAUGCGUUCUUUAUUGAGUAUU